AUGGUAUUCGACGACUUGAGCUACAAUGGCAGCACAUUCGACUGGGCUAGCGAUGUGGAUGCGCUGGAUCUCAAGGUUGGAAGCUUGAUUGACUCCAUCAGUCCCAACCUGACUUCCUUCAAGGACAGGGGAGGAAAGCUUAUUGUGACGCAAGGAUGGGCCGACCCUUUCAACGCUGCAACCUGGCCAAUUGAUCAUUUGAACGAGGUCGCUCAGGCGACAGGUGGCGAUCGAGAUGAAUGGCUGUCUUUGUUUAUGGUUCCAGCCGGCAUCAACUUACCCUCCUCGAGCGCGUGA